AUGAGCACUGUUGUAUCCACCACGGAUGUUGAGCCCAACGGCGCGACUCCUACAUCAGAACAGCCCAGCUUAGGACCUCAUGCCGAUGCCCAAGGGUCCUCAAACCAACCACAGCCGGAUUUAAGCGGGCCUCAGCAACCCGAAACCUCUCCUCCAUCCAGUCGAGAGGUCAAGUACCUCAUCGUCGAAGACAACAAGGUAAACAGGAAAAUCAUGGGAAAGCUGUUCGGAAAGUUGGGGCUAGAGGGACAGUUCCACAUGACUGAAAACGGCCAAGAAGGCGUCGACGCGUACAAAAGGAACCCGCAGCAGUGCAGGUUCAUUUUUAUGGACAUAUCCAUGCCUAUCAAGGGCGGCAUGGAGGCGUCCAAGGAGAUUCGAGACUACGAGCAUGGACAGGGCCUUUCGCCUGCUGUCAUUGUGGGUAUGCACCCGCGGAUGGCCGCCGGUGGGCAAGCUGACAGGCAGGUUGAGAGGUUCAAGAAUGAGUUUGGGAUGGAUGAUGUGAUUGACAAGCCUGUUCGUACAGAUGCAUUGAAGUCUAUUAUUGAGAAGUGGCCUGUAUGA